UAUUACACUUCCAUGUUUUUCGCACCAAACAGUACUUACACCGUAAUGUAAAACUACACCGGACGAAACAGUGACUGUCGUGUGAUUUGUUGCACAUAGAAAGUUAGUUUACAGUCCUCUCGCGUCGCCACAGCUAGCGGAGCUGCUGACCCGGGCCAACAUGGCCAACUGUGUGGCUUUCCAGAGCAAGUUAACCUCGAUCAUGGAGAUGCUAGCUAAAGCUGCCGUGGUGGAAAUCAGCAAACUGUGGGAGGACGGCUUCGCCCUGGUUCAGGUCGAGCUCCGCCGGAGAGAGAGCGAGAUUGAAGCCCUGAACAGGAAGUUGGUGUUGUUGGAAACCGAGCGGUUAACGGUCAUGUCUCAGGCUCAGACUACAAAUCUGUCUUCAUCAUCUUCCUCCAAGAGAGAGCAGCAGAACAUGCUGCUGCCGCCCACCGGCGAUGGGCCGAUUAUAGAUUCAGUCCAAACAUUGUCACCUGAGCAGAACGUCAGAGAGAAGGCGGACACCUCAGCGAAUCACAGAACACCACCACCACCACCAUCACAGACAGAAGAGAAACAAUCCGAGCAGCUCAAGUCUGACAUCUGUGAAAGUGACUGCAGAGAUGAUGAUGAUGAUGAGGACUUAAUAGUCAAGCUAGAGGACGAGGACGACGUUCAGAUCGUGGAGCAGAUAGUGGACUCCGAUGCCAGUGGUAACGACGGAGCAGGUCACUGUGAGAUGGAACUGAGCGUCCAACCUGACGAGGUUGUGGUAGAACAAGAGAGCCAGCAGUGGUCGUCAGUGUCAGUGGGAGACAGCGACACUGCUGAUGACUCAGACUGCUUUUUUGAACCGAAGCAGCUGUCACAAAAUCUGGACUCGGAGAUCCUGCUCAUUCAGAACGCUUUGGACCUUUUUGAUAAUUCACCAGAGACAGCAUACCCUGACAGGUUUAUGAGGGAUAAUGGACAAGGUGCAUCAAGUAAAUCAAGGACUCCUAUGAGUUCUAGCCACGCUCAGACAAGUCAGCCUAUAGAAGCAAUAAAUCACCCAGAGAGAGGAGUGUCCAUCAGAUUCCUCUCAGAGAAACAACCUCAAAUGAAAAACACGUCAGCGUUUAACCCAGACAGCAGAUUCUUUCUUUUAAAUGACCCUGAGUUGCAUAAAACGAUAGCAAGUCGCCGCAUUAAAGAGAAAUGGUAUAUCUGCCCAUUCUGCGGCAAAAGCUUUGAUCGCGUCAGCCAUCUGGAGAUUCACCAGCGAAUUCACACAGGAGAGAAACCGUACACAUGUGACAUAUGUGGCAAGAGUUUUUCUCAGAGGAGCAACCUUCGCACUCACCAGCGGACUCACAAAGAGGCUCUAUCCCAAAAUGCAGUUUGAUUCAGUAGCUUUGGAAGAGUGAGAAAAGCUAGAAAUAUCUGUGUGGCUAGAUAAAUUAACAAAUUCUCUUUGUAUUUUGAUAUUACUGGAAAGUGAUGUAGCUGACUGAUUUUACUGUGCACUUCUUUUUUGAGGGGGGGGGGUAAAUUCUAAGUUUGACAUAGCUUGGACUGUAAGAACUAAUUUUGGUAUUUAUGUGCUGUUUGUAAACCCAGCCAGUUAAGAGAUUUAUUAAAAAAAAAUUGGGGACAUCAGCCCCAGUGACAUAGCUGAGUAUUUACUUUUACAGGUUAUACAUGAGGACACAAACCCCAAAGCAAACCUCUGUGUGUAUGAUGACUGUAGACCCUCUGAUACCCCUUAGCAGUUCCAUUUUCCCAUCUACAGUCCAUUUUCAGGCUCACAGUGAAAUCUGAGCAAAUAGAGCAGCCUAGACUGUGUUAUCAACAGUUGCCAUGACACGAUGACCAUGACAGAAUUGAGUGUUUUCUUUGUAAUGCUGCUGAAACAGGGAGUAAUUUAAGUGUGGUCAGGUACAUUUCAUUAAUGUCAAUUGUGAGAUUCCUUUUGUAAAGGAAAGUCAUAUUUAUCCAAGGCUAACAAAGACAGAAAACAAAGCACUCACUCCUCAUCUUUGCAUUUUAAGAACGCAACCUUGCAUCAUUUUUAUUAGAGCUGCCAUUUUGGAGUUUACAGGUCAGUUGAUUCAGAUAGGAGACUUCCUAAUCAGACCUGCAGGUGCUCCAUAGCAUGCUGAGAGAUGUAGGUCUUCUUGUAGCCAGUCUUAGGUGUCCACCCCAAGUGUCUGCUCUGAGUGGUGGAGCAGCAUCGUAAAAGUAUACUACACUCGCAAAAUGACCAUUUGUAUAUUAGUUACUCUCUGUGUUACGACAGAAACUUUGUUUUAUAGCAUGCGUCCACGAGGAAUCCAAAAAACACUUUUCAUCAACUUAAGUAAACAGGGACCAUAUUUAACAACAGCAAAACCACACCAAAACAGCCAUUUACAAACUCACAUACAACUCUUGCAGUUUAAUCAGUCUCAUUUAUUCAGUCGUAUGUUCAGUGUUUCCCAAACACAAGCGUUUUCACUGAAUAAAUAUAAAACACUUUCGCCUAUGAACACCAUGCAUGUGCCCACACUACUCAGCCGUGUAUGAGACUGUACUGAUGUGUUUUGAAUCAUGUUUUCACAAAAAUGCUUGAGUUACGGAAAUACUGAGCAGACCAGAUAAAUGAGACUUGGAUUAUACUGCAUGAUUUGUGUGAGAGUUUGUAAACUGAUGUUUAGGUUUAAUUUUGCUGUUAAACGUGGUCCCUGUUUACUUCAGUUCAUGAAGAUUGAUGCCUUUUUUGGAUUCUAUGUUCACAGUGAAGGCAUGCAUGAGAAAGUAAGUUUUCUUCAUGAAUUAAAGGUAACACAGUGAGUAGCCUAACUGAUAUACAAAUGAUCAUUUUGAAGUUUUCCUUUACAGGAUUAGUUUGACAUUUUGGGAAAUGAUCUUACUUGCUUUCUUGAAGAGAGCUAAAUGAGAAGAUAGUUGCCUCUCUCGGACAUGGACAGGGCAUCGUUCUUUUCAUCUAAAGCCUGUACAUACUCUGCAAGAACAGAGAAAUUUGUUCUUUUUCUCGAGGUGGCAAGAACAAGUACAAAGUUCUUUCUGGCCAGGACAUUUCAUACUUCACGAGAAACUCAAGUGCAGCACUCCUGGGAUGUCCUCAUAGGCCCUUCCCACUCCAGCAUACGUCACACAUGCUUUUCCGCAUUAACUACGCCCACUUCAAAUUUCUGACCAAUCACAAUAGUUCUUGGACACCACACAAGAAAAAAAGUUUUGCCCAGAUGAUGUGUCAAGAACAAGCUGCAAGAACUCCCAAACCAGGGCUGCAAGAAACGAAUUAUGUAAUUCUUUUCUUUGAGCCCUGUGAGAGAGAACAAAUUUCUCUGUCCUUGCAGAGUAUGUAAAGGCUGUAACUCUCGACAAGAAAGUGAAUAAGCAAAUUACCCGAAAUGACAGAACCAAUUGUUUAAUACAAAGAUUCUCAAGAUAACUGAGCUCAUAACCCUGUCAGACCCAGUACAUUUAGCCACCCUGUAAAAAUCCACUCUUCUUUUUCUACUUGUAUCCAGGGAGUCAGAACAGGGAUAAACCAGGUCAUCUAAUGCAAGUCUUACACAAGUGCUACGUUACUGCAGUAGCGGAGAUCAGCGAUGCCCUUGAUCCUCAUGUAUGAGGUGACACAAACUUAACUGUCCCAGGUUAUACUAAAAAACAAUGACUCAUAUGCUGUACUUUUAUGAAUAAACGUUUGAAUAUUUA